AUGGGUAGCCAGCGCUCAAUAGAUCCUCUGAACGAUCCGACGCUACAGCAGUUGUUCAGGGUAUUUUCUUAUUUUGCCGAUCUAUGCCCAUCAGGUACCCUCUCGCCAGCCCAAGCCUAUUUUAUUCUAUCCGAAUUGCAAAGAGCUUGUGAUCGACCUACGACUAGCCAACAAUUUUAUUUCGAUUCGGAUUGUAUAAAUUUUCGAGAGUUAUUAACGUUUAUUGAGACGUUAUUCCUAGCAAAUGGGGAGCUUGAGCUGGCCGUUCAGAGGCUUUAUGAGCGCUUGAUAGCACAGAUUAUUAGAAAGGAUUUCAUCCUCUACCGAAAACGUGGCGGAACCUGUUCACUUAUCAAAAAACACCAAGGCUGGAAAGCCGCCUGGAUUACUGUAGCUCCCGGGGUAAUCAACCUCUGGCCCGUCCACAAACCAAACUGCAGAAAAGAAUUUACGCUUGAUAAAGCUGCGACAGCUAUUGCCGGCCCAAAAGAAAAUGGGCGUCAUAUACUGUAUGUUAGUAGCAGUAAGGAGAAAUAUACCUUUGCGCAUUUUGAUGAGAUUGCCAGGAAUGCAUUGGCUAAAGACAUCAAACUAGCAAUUUCUUAUCGAACGAAAUUUGAAUUGAACGAUCAUGAUCAUCGGAUUGCGAAUAGAGGCUUCGGAGUGAAAAGAAAAGACCGAGAAGCUUCUUGGCGAUUAGCGUUAGAAGCGGAGAACGGGCGACUUCUUCAGGUAAUAGAAGAAGGAAAACGUUCCCUACGAGACGAAGAAAUAGUAAGAGCUCUUGCUACACGGUUACUAAAAGAAGAGCGCGAGAAAAACGAGCGAUUAGUGGAAAUAGUCGAGCAAUUGGGGCAGCAGAUGAGAUUGUCUUGCCAGCCAGAGUGUACUACUGUUACUGUAAACUUACAAAGAAACGCCGAAGAGGGGCGAGAUUCUGUGCAGGUGAUUGAGCGCGAGAUUCCUGGGUCUGUGGAUGAUUCGGAGAGCCCGUUACCAUCACUUUUUGAGAGUGAAGCCGAACAAACCCCCUACGACGAAGCCGACGAGCCAUCAGCCGUAGAACGUGCUCGACGUGAGCGUGAACUCUACCUCAUCUCAUCCACCCAGUCAAUU